AUGCUGAAGACUCUUGAGGUGGUGCCCCAUGUGGUGGCGCUCUGUAAGGCUCCCUACACAAUCAUCACGAGGUUCACCUCCGAUAAAACCAUACGGGAAUGGCUUCUGUCAACGGAUGGACAUAUCCAUGACGUGAGUUUCAUGAGAGCCAUUCUCCAAAUAGUCAAUGCUGUGGACGCGAUCCAUAAACAUGGAAUUAUCCACAAUCUCCUCAUUGACGAGAAUAUUAUGAUAAACCAUGUUGGCAAUAAAACGUUCGUAACUAUAGAUAACUUCUGUUUAGCUACAAAGUUAGACGAACAGGAGCCCCAUCCAUGUGGGGCACUGAAUAAAAUUCAAGAUAAAUUGUGGUGGGUAGCACCAGAAGUCUUUUAUGGGGUUAACGCUUCAACAGCCUCCGAUGUUUUCGCCAUGUGCGAUGUGAUUAAUACUAUUUGCAAAAGAAUAUGGAAGAAAACUCUUCCACUCCAGCCCCUUCUUGAGCGAGGUAGAUCUAAGAACCCCGCUAACAGACCAACCCUCGCUCAAUUCAGGGAAAAGGUCAUCGAGCUGCUUGAAAGAAGCCUCUACCCUGACUGA